AAAGAGUGUGUUUGUGUAUGCAUGUGUUUCAUGAUACACAUAUGAAUCAAAUGAAGAAUGAUAGAUUGGAAGUUGUUGUUUUUUCUCACUGUGUUGUACAUGCUUCUGCAUGCUGUCAAAAAAUGCUUUCAAAAAGUGAUGGGAACAUGUCCCACCCACAUCUGCAGAAGACACCUAUGAAGUCAGAGAUUAAUGUAGUGAUGGGGUGGAGACAGAGAUCUCUUGAUAAAUGCGGUGGUUCUUGCUUUCAGUCUCAUUUUAAACCUGACAGACGAGAAACAGAUCACAGAACAGAAGGAUGAAGUUCAACAGCGCUUUGAGUGUUGCUGCAAUCAUACUGCUGUACAUAGCAGGUUCGCUCUGUCAGUUAGAUGUUUGUGGUCGAGCCCCUCUCAAUGACAGGAUUUUUGGAGGGGAGAACGCGAAAGCAGGGGCUUGGCCGUGGCAGGUCAGCAUUUAUGUCUCCGGCUCAAGUCAUAACUGUGGCGGGACUCUCAUCACUAAAGACUGGGUUUUAUCUGCAGCUCACUGCUUCCAGGAUUUUGUAUUGUCUAGAGUUGUGAUGUACUUCGGUCGUCUGAGGCAAUCCGGCUCAAACCCUAAUGAGACAUCCAGGAGAGCCAGUCGAAUCAUCAACCAUCCUAACUAUAGCAGUCCUCCUUAUGACAACGACAUAGCACUGGUCCAGCUCUCCUCCUCUGUGAAUUUCUCUGAUUACAUUCGGCCGGUCUGUCUGGCAGCGGCUGGUAGUACAUUUGCUGCAGGUACAGAGAGCUGGGUCACUGGAUGGGGCAGGCUACAAUCUGAAGGCCCAGUGUCUGAUAUACUGCAGGAGGUGACGAUGCCGGUUGUGAGCAACAGUGACUGUGCUAAUGCUUAUGCAGGGGCUUUAAGCAUCACAAGCAAUAUGAUUUGUGUUGGACAGCAAGGAAAAAGUGCAUGUCAAGGAGACUCUGGAGGUCCAAUGGUCAUUAGGAACAGCUCCCUGUGGAUACAGUCUGGCAUUGCAAAUUUUAUAAGAGACUCGUGUGCUGACCCCAAAUAUCCCAAUGGGUUCGCCAGAGUCUCUAAGUUCCAGGACUGGAUCCAGUCUUAUACGGGCAGCACCCAGCCUGGAUUUGUUGCAUUCAAUGCAGCAUCCUCCAACUUCAGAAGUGUUCCCUACCUCCUCUUAUUCCCCCUUUCUCUCACAUUCUCUGUCAUUCCUUUCACUUUCUCCCUCUACCUCUCUUUCAAUCUCUCUUUCUCAUAAAUAUGAGAAAAGAGAAGUUAUAUUGUUGUAUUUGUAAUUUAUUCUUUAUUUUUCUAUACAUGUACUAUUCUUCAAAAGCACUUGUAUUGACAUACACUCAUAAAGUUCAGUAUGUUUCUGUCCUCUGAGAUUUAGGAUCUUUGCA